GGUCGUUACCCAUAGUGCUUUGCUUUGGAACUGGAAACAAAGUGUCUUUAGAACAACUUGUGCACGAGAUUUAUGGUUAAAUGAAUUCUGAUUUAGUUUUUCGUAUUUUAUUUCGUUUUGAUCACGCUGCAAGUCCUGCCUUUCCCAUCUCCUCAUUGGUUUGUAGAAGCAGGUACCCACGUACCAUCUCAUUGGUUAUACCCACGUGGGUGACUGAAGACGAAUGAGUGUCCUAGACUAGUCUGACGUUGACCAGCCAUGUCUGACGCCCUGAAGAAGCGCAAGUCGAAGGUUCUCCGCAGCGAGAUGGGCACACCGGAGGUGAAACGUGGCCGUGGAGAGGGGGACCAGGAUGUACGUGUGUAUAGUGAGGAGGUGGAGCUGGAUGGCAGGGACCCAGAGGAGGACUACCAGCAAUAUAAACUAACCUGUGAAGCUCUGGCCCAACUGAUGAACGAUAUCCAGGAGCUGAAAGCCAACGGCGGCAAGGAUGGGUGUGCUGAGGUAGAACAGAAGAGGAUGCAGAGCUGUAUCCACUUUAUGAGUCUGAAGAAACUCAACCGCCUGGCUCACAUGAGACUGAAGAGGGGGAGAGACCAGACGCAUGAGGGCAAGCAGAGAGUAGAUGUGUUGCACCUGCAGCUCCAGAACCUGCUCUAUGAGGUCAUGCACCUGCAGAAGGAGAUUAGCAAGUGUCUGGAGUUCAAGUCAAAGCAUGAGGAGAUAGAUCUUGUGAGUGUAGAUGAGUUCUACCAGAAGGCCCCCCCUGAGGUAUCCCGCACCCCCCUCACCAAGGACGACACCCACCAACUCACGCUGGCCAGGCUGGACUGGGAACUGGAGCAAAGGAAGAGGCUGGCUGAGCAGUACAAGGAGUCUCUCUCCAGUAAGGAGAAGAUCCAGAAAGGCAUUGAGGUGAAGAAGGAACACCUGAGUUCUCUACAGCCUGGACUCAACGCUAUCAUGCAGGCAUCCCUCCCAGUCCAGGAGUAUCUCUCCAUGCCGUUUGAACAGACCCAGAGACAGACGGAGAUCGCCCGCCACCUUCCCACCUCUCUCUAUGUCCUACUGGUACAGGCCAGUGCUUACGGACAGGCCUGCGAUAAGAGCCUGAGUGUGUCCAUCAGUGGAGACGUGGACGAGGCCAAAGCUCUGUCUAAACCUCCAGAGGACUCCCAGGAUGAUGAUUCUGGGGAUUCUGAUGCAGAGGAGGAACAGGAGAAAACGAAGAGGAGGAGACCUACUACAGGUGGACAGCUGGAUGAUAAGAGACGUGAAAUGCUGAAGAGACACCCUCUCUCCCUCUGCCUAGACCUCAGAUGCAAAGACGGCAGUGUGCUGCAUCUGUUCUUCUACUACCUGAUGAACCUGAACAUCAUGACUGUCAAGGCCAAAGUCUCCACCGCCACAGAUCUCACUGGAGCCAUCAGCGCCGGGGAGCUGUUAAACUCUGGCACGCUGCUCAGCUGCCUGUAUGCCAACGACCAGGGGUGCGAAACGCCCAACCCCUCUAAUCGCUACCAGUUUGAUAAAGUGGGGAUCAGUUCAUUUGGAGACUACGUGGCAGAACUGGGUCAUCCCUACCUGUGGGUGCAGAGUCUGGGAGGACUGAAGUUCCCCAGUGACGCCCCAGAGGGUUUGCAUGCAGGCAGUUCUCUGAGUGCCAGUCACAUGGAAAGCAUCAUGAAGCUGCUGAGAGGACGAGUCCUGUCACGCCUGGCCCUGCACAAACAGUUCUCUUCACUAGAGCACAGUAUUGUUCCAGUGUCUUGUGAGUGCAAGCACCUGUUCCCUGCUAAGGUUCUCUCUCGCCUGGCUCGCUGGACUACCAUCACACACCAGGAGUACACGAAUCUGGUGUUCACGCAGCAUGUGUCAGAAGCAGGUCUGGCUCGGGAAACUGACCUCUUCUUCAUGGCCGUGUUGGAGAGAGGAACAGCUCGUCUUAAGGCUGCGGUGGUGUUGAACCCCCGUUACCCAGUCAUUUCUCCUCUCUUUGCUGUCUCAAUCAGCUGGAAGGGGGAGCGCAGUGGACGUACUGACGACAACCUUCGAGCCAUGGAGAGUGAGGUAAACAUUUUCAAAUCAGAGCUCCAGGGGCCCCGCCCAGGCCACCAGCUGCUGACCAAUCAGGUAGCUCGUCUGGGUGUCUGUCUGGAUGUGUACCUGGAAACUGAUGGACAGGACGACAGCGUGGAGGGACCACGGGAGUUCCCCAGAGAGAAGAUGUGUCUACGCACUGUCAGGGGUCCGAACCGUCUGAAGCCAUUCAAGUACAACCACCCCCAGGGCUUCUUUAGUCACCGCUGACCUCUCCUUUACCCCUUUCCCUUCACCCCAGAUCUCUUACCCUACCUCGAGGCUUCUUUAGUCAUCGCUGACCUCUCCUUUACCCCUUUCCCUUCACCCCUGACCCCCUCACCCCAGUUCUCUUACCCUACCUCGAGGCUUCUUUAGUCAUCGCUGACCUCUCCUUUACCCCUUUCCCUUCACCCCUGACCCCCUCACCCCAGAUCUCUUACCCUACCUCGAGGCUUCUUUAGUCACCGCUGACCUCUCCUUUACCCCUUUCCCUUCACCCCUGACCCCCUCACCCCAGAUCCCUUACCCUACCUCGAGGCUUCUUCAGUCACCAGUGACUCCUGAAUUUACCCUCUGUCAUGCCCCUGCCCUCAUAUCCCCAUAUAUUGUUUGUUUAACACACUGUUUGACACAUUCGGUGUGUCGGUUGGUUAAUAAAAAGCUAGUGAUCUUG